AUGUAUCAGCCAACGCUAUGGUCCAAGCUCGCGACCGACGUGCACCAGCUCAUGCAAAGCACCUACGCGGCACCGCCGGCAAGUAAUGUGUGUCCGUCGCAGCUCGAGACCCGCAACGCUGGCUUGGACGGCUUUUCGAUUACGAGCAAUAAAGCGGAUCCAACAACCAACGCGGCAGCUGGGGCGACGGUCUUCGUGCCGCCCAAAAACUCCCGCGACGUGGCUCUCAUGCCCACGACGUUCUGA